UUACGCUCAAUGACGUUGAUUGGUCGAAAAUAGGCGCCCGGCGCUCGGGCUUUACUCUGUGAUUGGUUGAGCCCUCCUCGUCCUCUCAGAGACGUAUUCGGGAGAGGUGUGUGAGUGUGGCGCAGAAGCAUUUUCCAAUUGUCGUCGGUCCAAACCGGAGCAUCAUGGCGGAGGUCGAGAGCAACAACGAUACGGGUUUAUCCAGCACUGCAGCAGCCAAGGAAACGGCGCCGGUGGCCGGAGUAGCGGAUGGAACAGUGAAAACUGAAACCAUGGAGAGCGAGGAUGAGGAAGAUGUGUUUGAAGUGGAGUCUAUCCUGGACUCUAAGAUAGAAGGGGGUGAAGUAUUAUACCGGGUGAGGUGGAAGGGAUAUGAUUCUGACGGGGACACGUGGGAGCCAGAAGCCCAUCUUGAUGACUGUAAGGAAGUCCUGCUGGGAUUUCGUAAGAAACAGGCAGAAAUACAGAAGUCUGUCAAGAUGGAAAUGCCGACAUUAUCUCCAAGUGAUCUUUUUGAGGCAGAUUCUGAGGGUGAGCAGAGUGGCCAAAAGGUUGAUUCCCCUCCAGAAAAGAAGAAAAAAUCCAGAGAGGAAGAUGAAGACUUGGCACUGGAAGAGGCAAAAAAGAGAAAAUCCAAGUCUGGUAAAUCGAAGGAAAAAUCCAAGGCAGAAGCAGAGCUGUCUGAUAGCUCAUCCCCAGAAAUAAAACCAAAGAAGAGACUAUCGGAAAGCAAGGAAGAUUUAAGCAAUAAAAAACAAAAGAAGGAUGAUCUCAAAGAAUCAAAAAAGACAAAGAAAGAAGAUGUAAAAGACCCAAAGGUCAAGGGAAAAGAUGAAUUAAAAGACAAAAUGCAGAAAAAGGACAAAGUGAAGGAAUGUGAUCCCCCAGGAUAUGCCAGGCAGGUUUCUGGGGACCUUUCCGAUUCAGUUAGUGGGAGUUCAGCCAUGGUAAUAGAGGAAAAAAAACCCAAAGAAGAGCAAGAUUUAAAAGAACCAGAACCCAUUCAAAAUGCGCCAGAUGAAAUGCCAAGUGAGUUGCAUGGUAUGGAGGAGGAGGAUGAUGAUGAGGAGGAGGUGAAAGUUAAAAAGAAGAAGAAGAAACACAAAAGACUAAAGACUGAAAGAGCUGAGGAAACAAAGUUAGUGUCUGACGAGCUGCAGGUAGAUAAAAAGAACACUCAGAAAAAACAAAAAUCUCUUGAAAAACUAAAAGCACUUUCUAUAUUGGAAAGACUUGCACCUGUUCCUGCGCCAGUUCAGAAGGGUUCUCGAGCAAGUUCGGAAGACAAGGGAAGGAAGUCUGUGGACUCUGUACCUGAGGAAAAAGAGGGUAAAAAACCAGACACCGGAAAAGAGAAAACCAGAAAGAAACAAGUGAAAAAAGAACAGAAGAUGGUAAAGACUGCAAAGGAGUCCAAGAACAUAAUUGAUGCAUUCACUGUAACUCCUGAAGAUAGACACGAAUGUACAGAGUCCUUUAGAAUUAAAGAGGAGAUGCCGUUUGACUAUAGACCUGUGGAAGAAUGCAAAACUAAAGAGCUAAAACAGGUUUUUAAAGAAAGACAGAACACUAGAGAUGAGAGUGAACCAUGGGCAUCUUCAGAAGGAGAUCAGGAGCUUGCCGACCCACUUUCUCAGAUGCACGAUAAUACUGAAAUGGAUACCGGUACCGCUAAGCCUAGACCAAAACAAAAACGCAGGUCAUACGAAGCUGGUUUCAAACUGAAGGUUGUGUCAAGAGCAGAAGAAAGCAAUAACAUUGUUGCAAGUAGGGAAUUUUGUGUUGACGAAAAACAAGUGAGGGAGUGGCGGAAAAUGAAGGCUGCCUUGGAAAAGAUCCCAAAGGCUAAAAAAGCACAACGUGGUUCAACAACUUCUUAUGGGACUCUAGAGAUUGAAUUACAUAAAUGGGUUAUGGAGUGUCGUCAAAAUGGUCACUAUGUAACACGCAUGGGAAUUCGCUUACGUGCCCUUCAAAUGGCGAAGGAUGACAAAUAUAAAGCACCAGGCAUUGAAAAUUUUGCCGCGUCAGCGGGAUGGUGUUCCCUCUUCAUGAAUAGGUUUGACCUAUGUUUGCGACGAAGAACAACGAUUUCACAGAAGUUGCCGCAAGACCUUGACGAAAAAGUUAAGUCAUUCCAAUCAUUCAUCACAAAACAAAGAAGGAUUCAUAACUAUGACCUGGUAGAUAUUGGGAAUAUGGAUGAAAUACCUAUGACUUUUGAUCUUCCAAGCAACAGAACUGUGGCAAGUUUGGGAGACACAACUUUUUCCCCCAGAACCACAGGAAAUGAAAAAAAUAAUUUCACAGUCGUUCUGUCAUGUUUGGCUGAUGGAACUAAGCUGCGGCCUUUCAUUAUUUUUAAAAGAAAGACCUUGCCUAAAAAGGUCAAAUUCCCACCAAGAAUUACAGUGCGCGCACAUGUUAAAGGCCGGAUGGAUGUCCACGGAACAAAAAAAUGGCUGGAAGAAAUUUGGAAUGGACGACCAGGAGCAGCCUUAAUUAAUAAACCAUCAUUGCUAGUUUGGGAUAUGUUCAGAGCCCACACAUCUGAUGACGUAAAACAAUUGGCAAUUAAUUCUCAAGUUACUUUGGCCGUUAUUCCAGGUGGGCUUACAUCUGUAUUGCAGCCCCUCAAAGUGUCUUUAAAUAAACCUUUCAAAGACAGUGUGCAAAAGAUGUGGCAUGAAUGGAUGUCAUCUGGUCAAGCUAAACGAACAAAAGCUGGAAAUCUAACGAAGCCCGACAUAGAAUUAAUAGCAAAGUGGGUCCGAGAUGCAUGGGAAGAUAUUCCAGAGGACAUGGUGCAACGCGCCUUCCAGAAAUGUGGCAUUUGUAAUGCUGUGGAUGUCGGUGAAGACAGCGCUUUGUAUGAGAAUGACUUCAUUGACGGAGAUUACUACAAACUCAGUGAUGAUGACAAUGGCUAUGUUGACAUCCUCACACCAGCUGAAAUUGACGUUCUGCUUGAACAUACAGAUGAUGAGGAGGAAUUCAGUUUUGAAGGAUUUUAAUUUUUUCUGUUUUAGCUUGGUUGCUGAUUGAACUAAGGUGGCUGUACUUUUAAGGGGGCUGUACUUUUAAGGUGGCUGUACUUUUAAGGUGGCUGUACUUUUAAGGUAUCAUUGUUGAUACCAUAUUGACCCUUUCUCCACUUACAGAGUUACGGUAGUUUACUGUUUUUUUAUUUGAAAUAAAUACCGUAUUCAAAAACA